AUGAAAACCCCUCGGAUUUUGUUCCUCCAAUCCCUAAUCCUCCUUCUCAGCUUCGCCGGAGCUCAGCUGCCGACGGAAUCCACCAACGACAGCCACUACUACCGUUGCGCCAGGAUCAGCCCCGUGGCGUGGACCAUCAUCGCCGGGUUCAUCGCCGUCGCCUUACUCUUGUGGCUCUUCUCGAUCUGCAUCGAAAUGUGCGCUGCCGCUGCCGCCGCCGCCCCCGCAAUGCGCGUCCGCUACCGCACCGCCACCGUAGUGCGCGUUCCCCGCGGCCUCGGUGCAGCGGUGCUCGACGCAUUCCCGACGUUCACCUACGCGGAGGUGAAGGAGCACAAGAUCGGGAAGAGCGCGCUCGAGUGCGCCGUCUGCCUCAGCGAAUUCGAGGACCACGAAACGCUGCGUUUGAUCCCCAAAUGCGACCAUGCCUUCCACCCCGAGUGCAUCGACACCUGGCUCGAGUCAAACGUCACCUGCCCGGUCUGCCGGGCCAAUCUCACCCCACAGACCGGCGACGAACCGGUUCAUCUGCUUGAACCGGGGAUUGGCAAUAUUAUGGAGGAGACUAACUCGAGAACCGGCGAAAUCGCGAUUCAAAUAGAAGGGGAUGAUGAUAACCCGAGCCCCGGCUUUGAUUUACCGCUCCGGUCCCUCAGGUCGUGCGCGACCGCGAGAGUGGUCGCUUUGGAUAAGUUUAGGUCGCACUCGACCGGGCGCUUGUUGGUCCAACCGGUGGAAAAUCUCGACCGGUUCACAUUGAGGCUGCCAAACACGGUUAGGAAGAAGAUGAUGGACCGGACCGGUUCGACCGGUUCACUCCGGCGCUGGAGAUGCGUGGCUACUUUACUGCCUAAAACGAGGAGCUUGCGGAGAGGUUUUAGAAGCGAGGAGUGGAGUGGCCAAUGGGGUUUUUUCUCGAAAGGUGAAGGUCGACGAAAGUGGGGAAGCAGUGGGUCGCUGCUGAGGAUACCUUCUUUCGUGUCGUUGGAGCCGACGACGGACAUUGAAGCCGGUUUAAUGUCAGAAAACCGGAGUACGUCCCCGGUUUAA